UAGCGAAGGCAAAGAGAUCAGCUGCAUUUUGUCACUAUCUUGGUGCGGCAUCAACAUGUGGUAGGUCCUUUCCAUUCCUUCACUAACAUAUGACCUCCCAUGAACAAGUAAAAUCUAGUCACUCCCUUACUUCAUCUUCUCUGUUCCGAGUUUCAUAUAAAUCGGGGAGCAGCUCAAGGCUCUGCUCCGAUUUUGUGAGCCCCCAUCGGCUGUAGAUCUGGAAACCGCUAUACCUUGAUCUCGCCAAUGGCUCCACCUCCACUCUUCUACUCUGGUUCCAGAAACACAAUCCUGUUUUCUCUGCUUUUCUUUCUCUUUUUUUCCACAUGUAUCAGUGCCCCCUGCCUUUCUCAACUUCAGAGUAAACAGUUGUCCGGUAUUAGAAAAAUGUUGGAGGUACAAGAUGAAGAUCCGCCACCGAAAAAGAAAACCGCCGGCCUGGGCCAAUCCCUCAAAAACCAGACCAAGCUGAUCAAGCCUAAACUGACUUCUUCCAAAAACCAAACCAUCAAGACCAUCCCAUCCGACCAUGUUUUUUCCAAAAAGACCAUACAAUCCAACAAUUUUCCCGCCACCAAAAACCAAACCAAGCUCGCGAAAGUCAGCUCCUACAGAAACCAGAUCAAGCUCUUGAAAGCCAGCUCCUCCGAAAACCAGACCAAGCUCGUCGACACUGGCCUCAAGAAGCUCAAUUCCACCUCCAAGCUCAAGAUGCUCAAUUCCACAUCAAAAACUUCAAACCCCACCAAAACCAAAACGGCUCCAAUUUCCAGCAAGAAAUCCUUGGAUCUUCCCAAGACCAGCGACGCCAAGAACAAGACUACAAAGCCUGCCGCCGCCAAACAAACCAAAUCCAAAUCCAGCGAUCUUCAGUCCAACAAGUCAGGAAAGAACCAGAAGGCCAGCCCGCAGAAACCGAAGAAACAACCACUGCCCAGCUGGAUCGACUCAGACGAGGACGAUGAUUUCGUUUCGGAUUUGAAAGAUCUGCCCACCAAGUUCCAACAGACACUGAUCCCCGACCUGAAGACAAUCUCCACCACCUCCAGAGCUUAUAUUACCAGAGCCAAUAAAGAAAUCACAAAGGGAUUCAGACCCUACGUCGGCAACAAAUACGCACCCACCGUUGCCACCGUACUUUCGUGCGCUUUCGCUUUGAUCCCUCUGCUUUUAGUGUCGCUAAUCUUCAAUAAAAUCAAAGCUUAUUUCUCCGUUCAGAAGGUCUUAAUUUUCGUCCAGAUUUAUCUCUCCAUCUACUUCUCCAUUCUCUGCCUGUCCGCUCUGAUCACCGGGCUGGAGCCUCUCAAGUUCUUCUACUCUACCUCGCAAUCCACAUACGUGUGUCUGCAGGUGCUUCAGACUCUGGGUUACUUGUUUUACAUGUUGCUCGUUCUGAUGCAUCUCGUCCUGGUGUUCUCCACGGAGAGUGGGAUGGGCUCAAAGUUUCUGAGUCUGGCCCAGACGUUUUUGGGCUUUGCCGUAGGGUUGCACUAUUACGUCACGGUGUUUCACAGGGUUGUGCUGCGGCAACCGCCCAAGACCAAUUGGAAGAUUCACGGGAUUUAUGCUGCAUGUUUCCUCCUGAUUUGCGUGUUUGCCGGCGCCGAGAGAAGGAAGAAGGCUUACAUGGAGGAUGGCGGAGAAGAAGGCAAGAAGAGUUAAUUAAGUUGCAUUCAUUAGGUUAUCUCCAAAGUAUCACCAUUUUGAAGGCUCAUGUAAUACUAUGCCUUAAAGGCUUGGCUUGAGGUCUUCGCCAUUUGCCAGUCUGCUUUGUUCAGAUUCGUUCUGUUCUAAAUGGGGGGAGUUGGUGGCAAUAAUCCAUCAACCCUGUAGUCGGUUGAACGCUUCACAUGACCCUGCCUCCUCCACCAACAAUUUUUUUUCUCCCAUCUCUCCCUCCUUUUGUUUUGGAUUUAUAUUGUUUAUCAAGUCAAAUUGUCAUGGUGUGAAAACCCAAGCAAACAAGUUAAGACGAGUGGCAAUCUUCCUCUGAAGAUUUUUAACUUGUCUGAGUUUAUAAUGAGACGUUCCAUUCUUUUC